AUGCUCGUCUUAGCUCUUCUUACUUUACUCAGUUGUCUCAAUCCUAUUUUUGGUAAAAUAGCUAGUAUAUCAGCUCCGAGCAUCAUACCGGCCGGAAAGAACUUUACUGUGGUUAUACAUACUACUAGUUAUAUUCAAAAUUGGGAUGAUUUCGGUAUCAUCUUCGGACUUAAAUCUCCUAACCUCACUUCGGACCCCAUUGCCGUAGGUGAUGAAAUUGGAUAUUCCAACUUGUAUGGUGUGGAGAAACUCCCAAAUGUCACCGUAUCCGUUUCAUGUCCUAUCUGGGCCAGUGGGAAAUACACUCUUGUCGGUGCUGUUCCAUAUCUAGUCGGGGCUUCCGGUGAGACUGGUAUCCAAUACUUUAAUCAAUCAAUUUCUGUGACACCCACACCAGCCAAAUGA